UCCGGGGUACGGGAUGAGAGCUGGAGGCGCAGACGGCCCGAGCUGAGAGCAGCCCGCCGCGAUGGAGUCGCCCGAGGAGCCCGGGGCCUCGACGGAGGAGAACUACUUCGUGAACUACACGUUCAAGGACCGGUCUCACUCGGGCCGCGUGGCCCAGGGCAUCAUGAAGCUGUGCCUGGAGGAAGAGCUCUUCGCCGACGUCACCAUCUCGGUGGAAGGCCGCGAGUUCCAGCUGCACAGGCUGGUCCUGUCGGCCCAGAGCUGCUUCUUCAGGUCCAUGUUCACGUCCAACCUGCGGGAAGCGCACAACCGCGUGAUCGUGCUGCAGGACGUCAGCGAGUCGGUCUUCCAGCUCCUGGUGGAUUACAUCUACCACGGCACGGUGAAGCUGCGCGCCGACGAGCUGCAGGAGAUCUACGAGGUCUCCGACAUGUACCAGCUCACUUCCCUGUUCGAGGAGUGCUCCCGCUUCCUGGCCCGGACGGUGCAGGUGGGAAACUGCCUGCAGGUGAUGUGGCUGGCCGAUCGGCACAGCGACGCCGAGCUCUACGCCGCGGCCAAGCACUGCGCCAAGACCCACCUCGCCCAGCUGCAGGACACGGAGGAGUUUCUUCAUCUGCCCCAUCACUUGCUCACCGACAUCAUCAAAGAUGGAGUACCACGUUCCCAGAACCCAUCGGAGGCAAUAGAAACCUGGGUCAACUUCAACAAAGAAGAGCGAGAGAGCUUUUCAGAAUCACUCAGAUCCAGCUUAAAGGAAAUCGGAGAGAAUGUACACAUUUACCUGAUUGGGAAGGAAUCCUCUCGCACUCAUUCCCUGGCUGUCUCCCUACGCUGUGCUGGGGAUGACUCUAUCAGUGUAAGUGGCCAGAACAGCUUGUGCCAUCAGAUCACAGCGGCCUGCAAGCAUGGCGGUGACCUGUAUGUGGUAGGUGGGUCAAUCCCCCGCCGGAUGUGGAAAUGCAACAAUGCAACCGUCGACUGGGAGUGGUGUGCUCCCUUACCCCGUGAUCGGCUCCAGCACACCCUGGUCUCUGUGCCUGGAAAAGAUGCCAUCUACUCUUUAGGUGGCAAGACCCUACAAGAUACCCUUUCCAAUGCUGUUAUCUACUAUCGAGUGGGAGACAACGUCUGGACGGAGACUAGCCAACUGGAGGUGGCGGUAUCAGGGGCUGCUGGGGCCAAUCUCAACGGGAUCAUCUAUUUGCUAGGGGGUGAAGAGAAUGAUCUGGAUUUCUUCACAAAACCUUCUAGGCUCAUCCAGUGCUUUGAUACAGAGACGGAGAAAUGCCACGUGAAGCCCUACCUGCUGCCCUUUGCAGGCCACAUGCAUGCUGCUGUACACAAGGACCUGGUGUUCAUAGUAGCAGAGGGGGACUCCCUAGUGUGUUAUAACCCACUGCUGGAUAGCUUUACCCGGCUUUGCCUUCCUGAGGCCUGGAGUUCAGCUCCCUCGCUCUGGAAGAUUGCCAGCUGCAAUGGCAGUAUUUAUGUAUUCCGAGACCACUACAAAAAGGGGGAUGCCAACACCUACAAGCUUGACCCUGCCACCUCAGCUCUAACGGUCACCAGUGGCAUUAAGGUGUUGCUCACCAACCUGCAAUUUGUAUUGGCCUAAGGCCCUGCAGAAAAAGAGUAGACAACUACUCCUCCCUCCUUUUUCCCAGGUCACUUCCUUCUUUUCCUCGCCCUAGCCUGAAAGGCCUCAUAACCCACUAUUCCAAGGAAUCCUGUCUCUAAGACCACUAUGCUACCUUCUGCUGCUCACCAUAAGCUAUUUCUUAGAGCCUUUUUCCAAACUGGAGUAGGCUACAGUUCUCCUUGGGGCUUUUUACACAGAGGCAUCUCCGACCCCUACCUGGAGUUACGGGUGGACUAGCCUGCUGUUUGAAAUCCCUGGGCAUUUUUGUGCUUGGUUUAGACAGAACAGCUCCUAAAUCUUUUGGCACAGCCCUCCCUCUAUCUGAACAAUGUUAAACGUGAGGGCCCCUCACCCUAGGGCCUUUUCUUUCCAGGAAACUGAAGCGGUAGAAGGGAUACUGUUUCCUUGUGACCUAAAGAAAACAUAGUUUGCAGUUUUCCUUCAGGCUCUGAUCUGUGGUUUUAGUGAGGGCUUUGGCCUUGGCUAUUGCUUGGCUGCUCUUUAGGCACCACAGUGACAAUCUAGAAUUCUAGGAAUUCUCUGUAGUGUCUUCUCCUUUGUCAAAGUAAAUGGCACUUAUUUCUAGGUGACCCUGUGACUACAUUUGAGGCAAAGAUUUUGUUUCUGAUCCAUAGCAGAAAUAGCCUCUGUUCUUGUAGAGGCUGUGAACCCAGGCAAAAGCCAGGACUGUUAUCAUAAUAAAAGUCUUUGGUGGGAUGUGUA